AUGUUCAAAAGACCAUCUAGUCUUUUGAGACAAUCAAUCAGAGCCAAAUCAUCAAGCUCUACUUCAGCUUUAGCUUACAAGACAUUACAUCGUAAUCAAAAACGACCACCAUUACCGACAAUUGAUACCCCCAACUGGUCAGCCAACACAGCCGUAUCAUCAAUUCUUUAUGAAACUCCAGUUCCAUCAAAAGCCCCACCAAAACAACAUGUUCUCAACUGUUUGGUGCAAAAUGAACCAGGUGUCUUAUCGGGUGUUUCUGGUACUUUGGCAGCUAGAGGAUUCAAUAUUGAUUCAUUAGUUGUUUGUAAUACUGAAGUUAAAGAUUUAUCACGUAUGACUAUUGUAUUAAAAGGUCAAGAUGGAGUUGUUGAACAAGCAAGAAGACAAAUUGAAGAUUUAGUUCCCGUAUAUGCUGUUUUGGAUUAUACCAAUGCUGAAAUUAUUAAACGUGAAUUACUUUUAGCUAGAGUUUCGUUAUUAGGACCAGAAUAUUUUCAAGAAUUGAUUGCUACUCAUCAAUUACAUAUUGAUGAUGCAUCAUCUAUCCCUGAUUUGUCAGCUACUGAAUCAGCUUUUCAUCCAUCAAAUUUAGCUCCUAGUGAAGCGUUGAGACAAAAACAUAUGCAUUUGGAUCAUAUCACUACAAUUACUAAACAGUUUGGUGGUAGGGUUGUUGAUAUAAGCGAUAGAAAUGUUGUUGUUGAAUUGAGUGCUAAACCAAGUAGAGUUUCUGCAUUUGUUACUUUGUUGCAACCAUUUGGUAUUUUGGAAUUGGCAAGAUCAGGUAUGAUUGCAUUACCUAGAACUCCAUUGAAUAGUGGUGAAGAAGAAGAAGUACCUGUAGAUGCUUCCGAUAUUGUUGAUGCUUCUCAAUUACCACCAGGUUAA